AAGAAGUGUAAUAAUCACUUGGUCUUGGCACUUUGCCUAUCAAUACUUCUCUCAAUCCCUCUCAAAACCUUCCAAUUUGCAUGCGAUAAGACUGUUAUGGACAUAAGCAAUCUAGCAUUCUGUAACACUUCUUUAUCUUACGAGGACAGGGCAAAAGACUUGGUGUCACGCCUUAGCCUUACAGAGAAGGUGCAGCAACUAGUGAACACCGCCACCGGCGUGUCGAGGCUCGGCGUGCCGGGUUAUGAGUGGUGGUCAGAAGCACUCCAUGGUGUAUCUAACACCGGACCAGGUGUCCAUUUCAAUGCUACCGUGCCCGGUGCUACUAGUUUCCCUGCCGUCAUUUUAUCGGCGGCGACGUUUAAUUCUUCACUGUGGUAUGAGAUGGGGCGUGUGGUGUCGACGGAGGCGAGGGCCAUGUACAAUGUUGGGCUUGCAGGGUUGACGUAUUGGAGUCCUAAUGUGAAUGUGUUUCGUGAUCCAAGGUGGGGGAGAGGCCAAGAGACCCCUGGUGAGGACCCCACGGUGGUGUCCAAAUAUGCCGUCAAGUAUGUCCGUGGGCUGCAGGAGACUGCCGAGGAAGGGAAGGUUAGGAGUGAUGCGCAUAAGCCUCUCAAGGUUUCAAGUUGUUGUAAGCACUACACUGCCUAUGAUUUGGAUAAUUGGAAAGGCAAUGAUCGUUUUCACUUCGACGCUAAGGUAACGAAGCAAGACAUGGAGGAUACAUUUCAGCCACCAUUCAAGAGCUGUGUAGUGGAGGGAGGGGUGAGCAGUGUUAUGUGUUCAUAUAACAGGGUGAAUGGGGUACCCACCUGUGCCGACCCAGACCUCCUCAAAGGUGUCAUCAGAGGUCAAUGGGAUUUGGAUGGAUAUAUUGUUUCUGAUUGCGACUCCAUCAAUGUAUUCUACAACUCCAUCCACUACACUUCAACACCAGAAGAUGCUGUUGCCUUGGCUCUGAAAGCAGGCUUAAACAUGAACUGUGGGGAUUACCUAGGCAAGUACACAGAGAAUGCAGUCAAGUUAGGAAAAGUUGAAGAAUCAGUUGUAGACCAGGCCUUGAUAUACAACUACAUCGUUCUCUUGAGGCUUGGCUACUUCGAUGGAGACCAAACUCAACUCCCAUUUGGAAAACUUGGACUCUCAGAUAUAUGUACUAAUGAUCACCAAAAUCUGGCCCUAGAAGCUGCUACGCAAGGAAUAGUUUUGCUGGACAACGAUGGCUCCCUUCCUUUGUCCCCUAACAAGGCCAAAAAUUUAGCAGUUAUAGGACCCAAUGGUAAUGCCACUCAGGUUAUGAUAAGCAAUUACGCCGGUAUCCCUUGUGGGUACAUUAGCCCUUUACAAGGGCUACAGAAGUAUGUCUCGUCUGUGACUUAUGAGCCAGGCUGUGCUGAUGUGAAGUGCAGUGAUGGGAGUCAAAUCGACGCUGCUGCUAAGGCUGCAGCCACAGCUGAUGCGGUGGUUGUGAUUGUGGGACUUGAUCAGUCAAUUGAAGCUGAAGGUUUGGAUAGAGUGAACUUGACUUUGCCAGGACAGCAAGAGAGCCUUGUGAUGAAUGUAGCGAAGGCAGCAACAGGGCCAGUAGUUCUUGCUAUUAUGUCGGCCGGUCCUAUUGAUAUAUCUUUUGCAAAGAAUGAGAGCAAGAUUGUGGGGAUCUUGUGGGUCGGUUACCCUGGUCAGUUUGGAGGAGAGGCCAUUGCUCAAGUCAUGUUUGGAGAUUAUAAUCCAGGUGGAAGGUUACCAGUAACAUGGUAUCCACAAGAGUACGUAGACAAGGUGCCUAUGACAGACAUGAACAUGAGAGCUAACAGCACAGCAAACUUCCCAGGAAGAACAUACAGAUUCUACACAGGCCCAACUAUCUACGAAUUUGGACAUGGGCUCAGCUACUCCAUAUUCACCAAAUUUAUAAAAUCAGCUCCAUCAAACUUACAACUCCCACUGAACCCAUCUCAUGGGCUGGAUCCACUUCCCAUCUUCUCUUCCAAAUGGGCUUUUUUUAACUUGGCCCAAACUGAACGGAUGUUGGACUUGGACCACAUCAAAUGUGAGGGAUUACAGUUUGAUGUGGAGAUAGCAGUGAAGAAUGAGGGAGACAUGGAUGGGUCACAUGUGGUUUUGAUGUUUUGGAAGCCACCAAGUCCAGUGGUGGUAAAUGGGCCUCCAAAUACACAAUUGAUUGGGUUUGAGAGGGUGGAGGUGAAGAGAGGAAAGAGUGAGACUGUGAGGUUGCAAGUAGAUGUUUGUAAGGACCUUACUAUGGUAGAUGUUGAAGGGAAGAGGAAGUUAGCCUUGGGACAGCAUACACUCAUGGUUGGUUCCUCCAGUGAGCACCAAGUGAAGCAUUAUCUGUAUCUCAGGUUGCCUAAAGAAAACAAGGGAGGUGCUAUCUCAUAUGUGUAGUAGUAGUAGUCGUAGUAGUAAUAGGAGAAAUCUAAUUAUCUAAUCUAUGUUGUAGUGUAGU